AUGGCCUUUCAGGCCCGGAUCCCCAAGCUCAGUGUCGCUGCCGUAACAUCGGAUCUUUGGCCCUCCAUCUCGAACGUCCUGGUCGCCCCCUGGAAGCAAAGCGUGCAAAUUUCGACGGCCAAUGUCAGCGCAUCCUCCCAGCGGAGCUCUACUAGACAAGGAAAUGAGACGCGCGCAACUUUGCCUGAAUUCUUGAACAGCGUUCCCAUCGAAGCCUUGCGUGCUGAGGUCGUGAACCGGCCCGCGCAACAUGGAUGGUCCUCCUUGCUGAAGCAAAACAACGGACUUCUGACCCCCUCAUUGUUUACAUCGAUUCCCAAUGCUAUUCCCGGUAUUCGUUCCUACUCCACCCUCGCUCCAUUCCGGUUUACCUCCCUACGUGCGGCCCCGAAGGUCAAUGGUCUUUUGAAGCCACAGCAGCAGCGAUUUCUAUCUGGAGGAUCCUGGCACCACAUACUAGCCCAGAAGGAAAAAGUUGCGAACAAGAGCCCGAGCAACGCAGAUGCUCAAAAUGCUUUCUACACUGCCCUUUUGCGUGCCAAAAUGCCUCACAUUGUGCUCGAGCGACACCGAAGCGGAUAUUUCACAGGAGAUCUUACGACUGAAGGAUUGAUUCAACAGGCCCAGGCAAGUGUUGGUGGCACCGACGCUGGAGCUGGAGCUUUCGCUGGGUCAAACCACAAUCUGAGCCCUGAACAACUCCAGGCUGUUGGUCAGGCGGUUGCUGCUCGGGCUACUGGUAGUCAAAUUGGAAUGGGAAAGCAAAACGGCACCGGUGCCAAGGACGCCCCUCUCUACGUCGUGGUCGAUGAGUCUCUCGGAAGCACAGUGUUUCGCUGGGUCAAAUUCUUGCUCAUUUUCGGCUUUUUCACUUAUAUCUCUCUGGUCACGGUCACUAUCUUGGUUGAAACUACGGGCGUUCUGAAGAAUGUUCGGGGGGCGCAAGACAAGGAAGCUCAAGCCGAACAGCAGACCGCUCGCUUUACCGAUGUGCAUGGUUGUGACGAGGCCAAGGAUGAACUGCAGGAGCUGGUGGAAUUUCUCAUUAACCCAGAGCGCUUCUCUACCCUCGGCGGUAAACUGCCUAAGGGCGUUCUCUUGGUUGGUCCUCCCGGUACUGGUAAGACGUUGCUUGCACGUGCUGUCGCUGGUGAAGCGGGUGUCCCAUUCUUCUACAUGUCUGGAUCCGAGUUCGACGAGGUCUACGUCGGUGUUGGUGCCAAGCGUGUUCGUGAUUUGUUCGCUCAAGCCCGUACCAAGUCCCCGGCUAUUAUUUUCAUCGAUGAACUGGAUGCGAUAGGUGCGAAGCGAAACGAGCGCGAUGCUGCUUAUGUCAAGCAAACUCUUAAUCAGUUGCUCACCGAACUCGACGGAUUCUCCCAAACCAGCGGUGUCAUCAUCAUCGCUGCGACUAAUUAUCCUCAACUUUUGGACAAGGCUCUGACCCGACCUGGUCGGUUCGAUCGCAGGGUCGUUGUUGACUUGCCUGAUGUUCGCGGCCGCAUGGACAUCCUGAGACACCACAUGAAGAACAUUCAGUCCGGCCCGGACGUUGACGUUGGGGUCAUUGCGCGAGGCACUCCCGGUUUCUCCGGUGCCGAUCUGGAAAACUUGGUCAACCAAGCUGCUAUCCAUGCCAGCCGUGAUCGCAAGCCUAGCGUUGGCUCGUUCGAUUUCGAUUGGGCUAAAGAUAAGAUCAUGAUGGGUGCCGAGGCUCGCAGCCGUAUCAUUCAAGACAAGGACAAGCUUUUGACCGCGUACCAUGAGGCUGGCCACGCUCUUGUUGCCCACUUCUCCCCAUCGUCCACUCCGCUGUACAAGAUCACAAUCGUUCCCCGCGGUAUGGCCCUCGGUAUUACUCACUUCCUUCCCGAGAUGGAUACUGUCUCGAGGAACUACACCGAAUAUUUAGCAGACAUCGCCGUCUCCAUGGGUGGCAAGGCUGCGGAAGAGCUGGUUUUCGGCCAUGAUAAUGUCACAAGUGGUAUCUCUGCUGAUAUUCAAAGCGCCACUGAGACAGCGUUCACGUUGAUCACCCGAUUCGGAUAUUCCGAGAAACUCGGCAACGUCGAUCUGUCUACAAACUACGACAGCCUGUCAUCGGAAACCAAGCAAGAGAUUGAGAAGGAAGUACGCCGACUUGUCGAGGAGGCUCGUGAACGAGCAACCACGAUUCUGACUGAAAAGCGCAACGAACUGGAGCUUCUGACCAAAGCACUCAUUGAAUAUGAGACGCUUACAAAGGAUGAGAUGGAGCAAGUCCUCAAGGGUGAAAAGAUCAAGAGACUUCACUCUUCCCCCACUGCCCCAGUGAAGCUCCCUGAUGCCCUACAGUCAACUAGGGAUUAA